UUCCUUUUGCCAUACUGCUCUUCUUGCUCACAUGCCUUUUUUACCUUUAUAUCAGUUUAACAUUUUGUAUUGCUAUUUAAAGUGUGGAACAAUCAGCCUUUAAAUGCUCUUAAUUCUUGGAAUACGUUUGUAAUUUUUUAUAGCUCAUGAAGGUGUAAUUAAUCUCUAAACUACCGAUACUCAACAGUGAAAAAGUAAACUAAUCACUUUUCUCUCCCAUGCUUCCAUUGUGUUUUUCCACUUUUCCCUUUGCUAUGUCUUUCCUUUUAUUUUGCUUUCUUGAUUCUCUUAUUGUUGAAUGAACAAUGUCUUACAUCAUCAACUAACCCGGUUCUGUUAAUGAGACUUCGUAAUCUGAUCCAUCCUUGGACCCUGAAGGCAAGGUAUUAAAUAAUGAUGACGCUGAUGCUGGUCCCAUAAAUGCAAAUGCUCAAUAGUAAAAAGACACAUCACUGCUCUAAAAUUAGUUGAUGAUCAAGUUAAUUUACUUGAGGAAACCAGUAAUAACUUUGAAACUAUUUCCUCAAAACCAGUUACAUCCUUCUUUCUCAUUUGACCGUCUUCACUCAUAUUUGGCUGUACAUUUUUGUUUCAAGAGCUCUCAAAUCUAAUAUCUAGUUACUUCCUUAGUUUCUACUUAUACUCAGUACUUAUUUCUACUAUUCGGAUCACCAUGUCACAAAAUGAGAGUGUCUACAUCGUUUCUUAUGCUAGAACCCCGAUCGGAUCAUUCAAAGGAUCUUUGAGCUCACUUCCAGCCACCAAGCUUCAAUCUAUUGCUAUCAAGGAAGCCGUAAAUCGAGCAGGUAUUUCUGUUGAUGAUGUUGAUGAAGUUAUUCUAGGUCAAGUUUUACAAGCUGGAUGUGGUCAAACUCCUGGCCGACAAGCUGCUCUUGGAGCAGGAUUGUCGCAAAAAGUGCCUUGUUCGGUUGUAAAUAAAGUUUGUGCCUCUGGAAUGAAAGCAAUUGCCUUUGCAUCUCAAAGUUUAGCUCUUGGAGAUGCUGAUGUCAUAGUGGCUGGGGGUAUGGAAAGCAUGUCCAAUGCUCCUUUCAUCCUACCUCGUGGUGAAAUACCAUAUGGAGGAUUAUCCUUAAUAGAUGUUUGCGUCAAUGAUGGAUUAACAGAUUCCUUCAAUAGUUGUCAUAUGGGUCAAUGUGCUGAACAACUCGCAUCCAAAUAUGAGAUAACUCGAGUGCAGCAGGAUGAAUAUGCUAAAACAAGUUACACUCGGUGCAUUAAAUCAGCCUCUAAUGGUAUCUUUGCCAAAGAAAUUGUUAGUGUUAGUAUACCCGGUAAAAGAGGAAAACCACCCACACUGGUUGAAAAAGAUGAAGAACCAGAUAAGGUUGAUUUUGAUAAAAUUCCCGCUUUAAAUCCAGUUUUUAUCAAGAACUCAGGAACUAUCACAGCUGCUAAUGCUAGCACAUUGAAUGAUGGAGCUGCCGCACUCGUUCUGAUGUCUUCUGAAGCUGUUGCGAAAUACGGAGUUAAGCCGUUGGCAAAAAUUGUUUCAUAUGCUGAUGCCGCUGUCGCUCCUGUAGAUUUUGGUAUUGCUCCUGCUUAUGCUAUGCCUAAGGCAUUGCAAAAAGCUGGAAUAAGUAAAGACCAGGUUGCUCAAUUUGAAAUUAACGAAGCAUUCAGUGCUGUUGCCCUGGCUAAUCUUAAGGAAUUGGGUCUUGAUAGCAGUAAAGUCAAUAUCAAUGGAGGCGCUGUUGGUUUGGGACAUCCUUUAGGUAUGUCGGGUGCACGAAUCGUUGGUACCUUAGCCAUUAACCUUGGUCCCAAUGAAUAUGGAUUAGCUGGAGUUUGUAAUGGAGGCGGCGGCGCAUCAGCUAUGCUUAUCCAGAAGCUUUGAUGAAUCUUAAUCAAAAGAAUCGAACAAUCAAAUUUAAUUUAAAAGCCUAGGACUUUUCGUAAACGAUCACAUGCGAUAUUAUUCUUAUAUGUUUGAAAUGAUUAGUUAUCAAUAGUUAUUUAUAGUUUGUUAUAAAUAUAGUUUAUUUUGUUUCUUUUUCAUUGACCAUAAUUUAUGUCAUUAAUACUGAUACUGUUAUGUCCGUAAAAAUGUUUUUUCAUUA